AUGUCGAUCUUGAAGUCUUCUGAAGUUACCAUUUUGAAACAACCAUCCUCAAAACCUUUUGAUAAUUCAGUUUCCGAUUCUCCUAGUGAUUCUGUCAGACACAAACGUAAAAACAAUGCCAUUUUGUUAAUGUAUUCAGGUUGGGGUUAUUACGGUAUGCAAAGAUGUCCUGUUUUACCAACGAUUGAAGGAGAACUAUCUAAAGCUCUCUUAACUUGUGGCCAGCUCGAUAAUCUGACAGGUGAAGAACAUAAAAAAGUUCAUUUUCAACGUGCAUCUAAAACUGACAAGUCUGUUUCUGCUCUUGGACAAGUUUGUUCAAUGCAAUUACGAAACGAUCCUGAUUUGUUAAAUAAAUUAAAUACAGCCCUACCUGAAACUAUUCGUAUUCUCGACAUCAUUCGUGUAACGCGUACAUUUUCUUCACACAAUUCAUGUACACAUCGAAUUUAUGAUUAUCUUUUGCCUACAUUCGCCUUAUCACCUAGUAGUCGUCUAUCAUUAGACGAUUCUAAUUGUUGGACUUAUCGUUUAACAGUUGAACAAAUUACAAAAAUUAAUUGUUUACUUGAAAAAUAUCUUGGUACUCAUAAUUUUUAUAAUUUCACUUCAGGCAGACUUGCAACAGAUAAAAGUUGUAAUCGUUAUAUUAUAUCAGCUGAAUGUAUGCCGACAUUUUUACUUGGUGAACAUCAAUAUACCAUUAUACGUAUUACUGGUCAAUCAUUUAUGUUGCAUCAAAUACGUAAAAUGAUUGGUUUAGUAUUGGCUAUUCUACGUGGUCACGCGACGGAAGAUGUUUUGGACAUUGUGUUCAAUGAAGAAAGAGUAGAUGUACCAAAAGCUCCUGGACUAGGUCUUAUGCUGAAUCAAGUUGAUUAUAGUAAUUAUAAUACAAAAUAUCAAGAUGAUGGUAUCCAUCAACCAAUUGAUUGGAGUAAAUAUGAUGAACAAAGAAACAAAUUUAAAAUGCAACAUGUUUAUGAGCAUAUUGAUCGAGUUGAGUCUGAUGAAAAAUCUAUGCUUCAAUGGCUUUCUACAUUGGAUAAUCAUACUUAUGGUUUUAGAGAUGCUGCACCUCCUCUAAUUAUUAUUGACAAAGUUCCAGAAACAGAUGAUACACCGAUAACCAAUAAAGAUGACAAUACCGUUCAUACACCACAGCCCAACAACAAAAAUCAUUUCGAUAAUAAUGAUAUUCUAGAUGAAUGUGAUAUACCUGUUAAGAAAGAAAGAUUGGCAUUGUAAAAAAGUAUUUGUACAUUGUUACGUGUCUUGUAGUAGUAGUAGUAGUAGUAGUGGUCUUGCAAUAAAUCACUGUUUACUUAGUA